GAGACUCUUUCCAUUUCAGUUACCAACGGCAUCUAUUUAGAAAGAUGGGACCGGAUAGAUUACAAGCGUGUUAAAUUCCUCCUCAUGGACCCUCGUUAUCCAAGGCUACCAUCGAAAACAAUAUGUCUUCCUGAUUUCCAGCAACCGCCAAGGUGGGCUGAUUAUUUCGGUGCUCGAGCAAGGACGUAUUUUGUUCCACAGCAGACUGGAAUUUACCACUUCAUGCUAUGUAAGGGUAUUUUGAUAUUUAAAUUACUAACUCUGUCAUCUUUGACAGGUUUUAAUUUUAAAAUUUGCCUUCGGGCCCGAAAACUGGCUCCUGGGGCCCGUUUCUUGAAAGGCGCGGUGACUUUUUGUGUCCGAAGACAAAUUUGAAAAUCAAAACCUGCUGUUGAAUAGUAGCACAGUACCUACCACCCAAACGUAACCGGUCAAUUUUGCUUCGCUAACCGAUAGGUUCAUUCGAUCAUUUUCAAAAUAACUGAAAUUUUGACCUUAGAUGCAAACAGUUUGGUCCAAAAAUAAGGGGGGGGGGAACCGGGCCUCCCGUGCCGCUCCCCUGGAUCCGCCACUGCUAAAGGAGGCACGGAUGGAAAAACGUGAAGAAGAGUUUAACGGAUUGCAAUUAUCGUUUUUUUAAAACUUGUCAGUCUAAUUGUUUUUCAAAGUUCAUUUUGUUGUUUGUAAAACAACACUUUGUGAUUUUGUCAUGAGAGAGUUUAAGCUUCACGUAUACGGCGAAUGGCAAACGUCAGAUUUGAGUUGAGAAUUUCUCAAAAUAGAAAAAGAGCAGAUAAAAACAGCUCAAAAGCAAUUCUUAUAGAUUAAAAAUUGCGUGAAACUACUAAUUUGGGCGUAGAAAUAAUGAACAGUAAACGACAAGUAAAGAGGAAAGUUUGUCACGUGGUACGAAUUUGCGUUUGCCGUUUGACGUAAACGUGAUGCUUAACCUCCCUAUUCAAAAGUAAUAAUUCAAGUAACUGGCAUCAUGAAUGAGAUAAACUAGCCAGCCUUGACACGGAAAAGAAACUUAAGAAUCAAUGCAUACACCAUAACUCUUUUUCUUUCAGCUUCUGACGCUGGAAGCGAGCUGUAUCUAAGUACUAAUGAGAAACCUGACUCAAAGUCAAAGAUUUCUUACGUAGAUGGAGGAUUUGCAACAUAUCCAUUUGAGUUUGACAGGUGA